AUGACGCCUCCUGUUGUUAAAUGUGUCGUACUGCUACUACUUCUGCUACUUACAGUUUUUUCUGAUGGCUUGAGCACAUUUUUUGUAACUAUUGGCUAUUUUUGCAUUAUGACAGAAAGGAUCUGCAGGAAUGAUCUGCUGCAGAGUUUGUCUGCCAGCUCAGAGCAACAAGCUGCCGUAGCAGGAGAGGUUCCCUGUGACGUCUGCACUGGAAGCAAACUGAAGGCCCUGAAGUCCUGCAUGGAGUGUCUGACCUCCUAUUGUGAGGCGCACCUGGAGCCUCAUCAGACAGCUUCACGUCUGAGAAGACAUCAUCUGGUAGAGCCCUUGGAGAACCUGGAAGGCAGGAUGUGUAUGAAGCACGAUAAACCUCUGGAGCUGUUCUGUAAGACCGACCAGACAUGUGUCUGCACGCUCUGCUCUGUUUUCAAACACAAGACUCAUGAGUUUGUUCCUCUGAGAGAAGAAUAUGAGGGAAAGAAGGCAGAGCUGUGGAAGACAGAGGCUGAAAUUCAGCUGAUGAUCCAGAAGAGACAACUGAAGAUUCAGGAGAUCAAAAAGUCAGUAAAGAUGAGUAAAGAUUCUGCAGACAGAGAGAAAGCAGAAGGUUUUCAGGUGUUCACUGCUCUGCAGGAGUCUGCUGAGAGAGGAAUGAAGAAGCUCAUGAAGGAGAUCGAAGGCAAACAGAAGACAACAGAGAAACAGGCUGAAGGCUUCAUCAAGGAUCUGGAACAAGAAAUCUCUGAGCUGAAGAAGACAAGCUCUCAGAUGGAGCAGCUCUCACACUCUGAAGACCACCUACACGUCCUCCAAAGCUUCUCAUCCCUGAAAGCUGUUCUACCCGCAAAGGACUGGACAGAGAUCAGAGUUCAUCCACCUUCAUAUGAGGGAACUGUGGUUAGAGCUGUGGCUCAGCUGGAGGAGAAACUCAGGAAAUGCAUGAAGAAGAAGCUGCUUGAGGCCGAGCUGGAGAGGGUCCAGCAGCAUGCAGUGGAUGUGACUCUUGAUCCUGAUACAGCAAAUUCGAGACUCAUCCUAUCUGAUGAUGGAAAACAGGUGCAUUGUGGUGAUGUGAGGAAGAAUCUUCCAGACAACCCACAGAGAUUCUCUCCAUGUCCUAAUGUUUUAGGAAAGCAGAGUUUAUCUUCAGGCAGAUUUUAUUUCGAGGUUCAGGUUAAAGGAAAGACUGCCUGGGAUUUAGGAGUGGCCAGCGAGUUGGUCAACAGGAAGGGAAAAAUCACGCUGACUCCUCAGGACGGUUUCUGGAGUUUAGGCUUGAGAAAUAGAAAUGAGUACAGAGCUUUUACUAGCCCGUCAGUCCGUCUCUGUCUUCAGUCUGGUCCUGAGAAGGUGGGGGUGUUUGUGGAUUAUGACGAGGGUCUGGUCUCUUUUUAUGAUGUGGAUACUGCAGCUCUUAUCUACUCCUUUACUGGCUGCUCCUUCAUUCAGAAACUCCACCCAUACUUCAGUCCCUGUCUCAAUGAUGGUGGCGAAAACUCAGCACCUCUGAUCAACUGUCCUGUCAAUCAAAUCGAGUCAAUCAACAGAUUUUAUUUGAUGAACUGA